CGGACUCAGCUCUCCUGCGCUCACUCACUCUCCAGCUCUUCGCUCCGUGGACUCAGAGCGCACCUGACAGCUCAUCCACAGCGGGUUGGAGAGACUCUGAGUGCAGAGACGCACAAAGACAUCCAUCCAUCCAGCUACCGGAGAAAACAAAAAGACGACAUGUCGACCUACGCUUCUUCUGAAUGCCGCCGGGUUAGCCCGUCUGUCCACGGCAACAAGUUCGACACGGCGCACCGCAAGAAAGCCGUGGCCAACAUCUUCGAGAACGUCAACCAGGACUCGCUGAUGAAGCUCUUCCAGAAAACCGGUGACAUGAAGGCGGAAGAGAGAGUCCGGAGCAUCUACUCCUACACGCAGGACCCGGAGGAGACGUCCCGGGCUCUCAUGGCUCUGAAACAGCGCAAGAAGGACAAGUUCCUCCAGAUCGCUGGCAUGGUGCGUCAGCUGCUCAACCUGCGGUGAUUGCAGCUGCUGCUGUAGCAGCGGCCCGUGUCUCUCUCUCUGUGGGCUCGUGUGUGAGCCGAACGUGAAAACACUCCCUGUGCGGGUGAGAAAGCCGCAGGUGCGGCGGCUCAUUGUCGCCGUGGAAAAGGGCGCGUCAGGCGCGCGGUGUGUGUGUGCGCGCAGCCAAGCCGCCCGGAGCGCUUGACGCAGCGGCUGUGGUGACAGCCGUGAGCCCUGCCUGGAGCGGAUGGAGCAACACAAUAACGAAUGAAGUGACUGUGGAAAUAUGAAAGGGGCUUCCACGUCUUCCCUUUGUGACACUUGAAUCCAUGAAUGCAUUCCUGGGGAUGCGCGUGACUGUGGAGCAGCAGCAUCACUCAGUGUCUCUGUGUGCGUUGAUGUUGAUGCGCAGCUGCAACAUGAGACUUUAUUGUGCCCGAAGAACCAGCCUAUACACGAAUGCCUGUCCUGAACAUGCCUUGUCUCUCACAUUCUCUUUGUUAAUAUGAACACUUUCUCAUUAGUGGCCACUGAUGUUGACAUUGUUACCAAAAAAUGUUGUGAACCUUUGUCCUAUGAACCUUUUUAAUAAAUUAUUGAAUUGUCUACAAAA